AUGUAUAAAUGUCUCGUGUAUUGUGGAACUGUCUGUGAGAGUACAGGUCUGGUAUAUUGUGGAACUGUCUGUGAGAGUACAGGUCUGGUAUAUUGUGGAACUGUCUGUGAGAGUACAGGUCUGGUAUAUUGUGGAACUGUCUGUGAGAGUACAGGUCUGGUGUAUUGUGGAACUGUCUGUGAGAGUACAGGUCUGGUAUAUUGUGGAACUGUCUGUGAGAGUACAGGUCUGGUGUAUUGUGGAACUGUCUGUGAGAGUACAGGUCUGGUAUAUUGUGGAACUGUCUGUGAGAGUACAGGUCUGGUGUAUUGUGGAACUGUCUGUGAGAGUACAGGUCUGGUGUAUUGUGGAACUGUCUGUGAGAGUACAGGUCUGGUGUAUUGUGGAACUGUCUGUGAGAGUACAGGUCUGGUGUAUUGUGGAACUGUUUGUGAGAGUACAGGUCUGGUGUAUUGUGGAACUGUCUGUGAGAGUACAGGUCUGGUGUACUGUGGAACUGUACUACCAGUACAGGUACUGUGGUACCUGUACUGUCAGUGUGUGGUACCUGUACUGCCAGUGUGUGGUACCUGUACUGCCAGUGUGUGGUACCUGUACUGCCAGUGUGUGGUACCUGUACUGCCAGUGUAUGGUACCUGUACUGCCAGUGUGUGCUACCUGUACUACCAGUGUGUGGUACCUGUACUGUCAGUGUGUGGUACCUGCACUACCAGUGUGUGGUACCUGUACUGCCAGUGUGUGGUACCUGUACUGCCAGUGUGUGGUACCUGUACUGCCAGUGUGUGGUACCUGUACUGCCAGUGUGUGGUACCUGUACUGCCAGUGUGUGGUACCUGUACUGUCAGUGUGUGGUACCUGUACUACCAGUGUGUGGUACUUGUACUGUCAGUGUGUGGUACCUGUACUGUCAGUGUGUGGUACCUGUACUACCAGUGUGUGGUACUUGUACUGUCAGUGUGUGGUACUUGUACUGCCAGUGUGUGGUACUUGUACUGCCAGUGUGUGGUACCUGUACUACCAGUGUGUGGUACUUGUACUGUCAGUGUGUGGUACUUGUACUGCCAGUGUGUGGUACUUGUACUGUCAGUGUGUGGUACCUGUACUACCAGUGUGUGGUACUUGUACUGUCAGUGUGUGGUACUUGUACUGCCAGUGUGUGGUACUUGUACUACCAGUGUGUGGUACUUGUACUGCCAGUGUGUGGUACCUGUACUGCCAGUGUGUGGUACUUGUACUACCAGUGUGUGGUACCUGUACUACCAGUGUGUGGUACUUGUACUGCCAGUGUGUGGUACCUGUACUGCCAGUGUGUGGUACCUGUACUGUCAGUGUGUGGUACCUAGCUGUCAGUGUGUGAUACCUGUACUGCAAGUGUGUGGUACCUGUACUGCCAGUGUGUGGUACCUGUACUGCCAGUGUGUGGUACCUGUACUGCCAGUGUGUGGUACUUGUACUGCCAGUGUUUGGUACCUGUACUGCCAGUGUGUGGUACCUGUACUGCCAGUGUGUGGUACCUGUACUGCCAGUGUGUGGCACCUGUACUGCCAGUAUGUGGUACCUGUACUGUCAGUGUGUGGUACCUGUACUGUCAGUGUGUGGUACCUGUACUACCAGUGUGUGGUACCUGUACUGCCAGUGUGUGGUACAUGUACUGUCAGUGUGUGGUACUUGUACUGUCAGUGUGUGUGUGGUACCUAUACUGUCAGUGUGUGGUACUUGUACUGUCAUUGUGUGGUACCUGUACUGCCAAUGUAUGGUACAUGUACUGUCAGUGUGUGGUACCUGUACUGCCAGUGUGUGGUACCUGUACUGUCAGUAUGUGGUGCUUGUACUGUCAGUGUGUGGUACUUGUACUGUCAGUAUGUGGUGCUUGUACUGUCAGUGUGUGGUACUUGUACUGUCAGUAUGUGGUGCUUGUACUGCCAGUGUGUGGUACUUGUACUGUCAGUAUGUGGUGCUUGUACUGUCAGUGUGUGGUACCUGUACUGUCAGUAUGUGGUACUUGUACUGUCAGUAUGUGGUGCUUGUACUGUCAGUGUGUGGUACCUGUACUGUCAGUAUGUGGUGCUUGUACUGUCAGUGUGUGGUACCUGUACUGCCAGUAUGUGGUACCUGUACUGCCAGUAUGUGGUACCUGUACUGUCAGUGUGUGGUACUUGUACUGCCAGUGUGUGUGGUACUUGUACUACCAGUGUGUGGUACCUCUACUGUCAGUGUGUGGUACUUGUACUGUCAGUGUGUGGUACUUGUACUGUCAGUAUGUGGUACUUGUACUGUCAGUGUGUGGUACUUGUACUGUCAGUAUGUGGUGCUUGUACUGUCAGUGUGUGGUACUUGUACUGUCAGUAUGUGGUGCUUGUACUGUCAGUGUGUAACUUGUACUAG